GCUCACUGCCCGUUUAUAAUUAUCUCCGGGUUAGCGAAACAGCAUGACCUGCUUGUGUGUCCCAAUGACAGGCAGUUGGGUUUAAAAUGGUGAAAAUUAGCUUCACGUUACGGUAAUUUAUUUAAGAGACAGUUAAUUGUACAAGGUGAAGAUGCCAGCUGGUGUGUCUUGGCCCCGCUACCUGAGGAUGUUUGGUGCCAGUGUACUGGCCAUGUUUGCAGGAGCACAGGCUGUCCAUCAGUACUACCUACCUGAUCUGAGUAUACCAGAUAUCCCACCAAAGCCUGGGGAGCUACAGACAGAACUCCUGGGUUACAAAGCCAGAGAAGAAGCUACUGCUGCACUGCAGCAUCUUAAAGCAGAACAAAAGGUGGACUGAUCCUAUUUUUGAUGGACACUCAUCCAAGCAAACUAAGUCCAAUUUUGCCAACAGCUAGAGGCUUCCAUGUGCCUGGGAGAAAAGUAAUUUCUGGAAUAGGAGUGGAAUAAAAUGCUUCACUGUUGGCGUCUGGCUGCUCAGGAUAAUGAUCUUAUCUGGAACAAGGUCAUUUGGUUUAUACAACCAUAUGUAUCCGUGUGUUGUUAAUAUAUGUCGUCAUCCUUUUUGAAUGUGUUUGCAUUUUUUUAGACCAAGUGAUGAAAUAUGUAAGAGAGUAAUAGAACGCUUCAUGAACACACGGUAACUGCUGAAGUCAUUAAAUAAUUCUAUUUUAUUCAAAAGUACAUCCUUUGAUUGUUUUUGCCCCCUAGCAGAGAAAAUGAAAUUUGAAAUAAAAAUAUCAAAC